UUAGGCAAUUUUGCCGACUACGGCCGACAAUUUCACGAGGGUGAUCGUGACACUCGGUCCCAGUCUCAAAGCGAAGAGGGACCUUUUCUUCUAUCCCUUCAGGGGAGUUUUGAAAGAUUUAGGCGCAACCUGCCUCAUUGACGCAUCAGCGAAGGUCUGAUAAGAUGGUGUCUGUUCGUGAUCAUGAAAUUUACUUACUCUUUCUUCUGCUGGUAAAGUUUCACGGGUCAGGGAGUGUGGAUGUGCGUUUCACCCAGGAACCUUCUGAUCCAAGCUACUUUAACAAUGGUAGUAAUGCCAACCUGGUGUGGGACUACACUGAUCCACAUAAUAAGACUCAGGGCAUUGUCUACAGUGUUCUGGUAAAUAGUGCAUUUGUCAAAAUGAUUUUUAAGGACAGUCGUGGUGUGCAAGAACAUCCUUCCAUCCCUUCAUCUUACAAAGGAAGAGUUAAAAUUGAAGGAAGAGCUACCCUGGUUAUCAAGAACAUCAACCCUGGAGAUAAUACCAAAUUUAAAUGUGAAAUAUGGGGAUGGCAUGUUCGAAGUAUAGUGCAGCUUAUUGUGGCAGAGGCACCACUUAUAAACAUCUCUUUGGGAGGAAAAUAUUACAUUGAAGGAUCCCCUGUUAUCAUAACCUGUGAAGCUUCUGGGAAACCACUGCCGGAUGUAGCAUGGAUUAGAAAUGGAGAACUGGAAAGUUCAGGGAAGAAAGCUGCGUUUUUAAAGUUCGAUAAUAUAAACAGAACAGAUGCAGGACAAUAUACAUGUCAAGCCAAUAACUCAAUGGAAAUCACUUCUGUUGAUACAACAAUUGUAGUUCACUACCCGCCCACGAUUCGAAAUGUCACCACGUCAUCUAAGAAGUCUUGGAUUGGCCAGACAGUGACUUUGAAGUGUCUUUCUGAUGGUGUUCCUACACCAACACUCUCUUGGUACAAACCUGAAGGAAGUGAAAUAAACAGAGUCACAGCCAGAGAAAACAAAGUACAAGUGCCACUCAGGGGUGAUCAAGAUUUUGGUCAUUACAAGUGCAUUGCUGCCAAUGGACUUAUUCCAUCUGAUGAGAAAUUAAUAAAGAUAACUCAGAUAAAGAAACCAGGGAAAGCAUCCAUCAAAUCAGAAUCAGUCAUUCAAGCAACUUCUAUAACAAUACAAUGGACUGCACCAGCUGAUGAUGGAGGAAGUCAGAUUAUAGGAUUCCAAAUGAUCUUACAAAAGGAUGAAACUGAGAUAAAAAAGGUUAAUAUCACCGAUCCUGGGACGACAAGUUAUUCGUUUCGUGGUUUGGAGAAAGAUACCAACUACACAGUGAAACUGUUUUCCAGAAAUUUUGUGUUCGAGGGAGAUCCUACUGUAUGGAACAUUAAGACCAAGUUUGAAGGAGCCCCGGAUGUGGUGGAAGUAGACGAACUGCCAGGUGAAACAACAGACGAUACAAUUACCUUAAAGUGGAAGGAGCCAGAAAGUAAUGGAAAAGUUAUUAUCAUGUAUACAGUGUACCAAAGAGUAGUGACUGAUGGAAAAGUGGGACGGUGGACAGAAAUAAAGAAAAUCAGAGAUGUUUCUGUGAGAGAAUUGAAAAUAACAUUGGAGAGAGGAAAGGUGUAUCAGUUUGCUAUUACUGCAACUAAUGAGCUUGGUGAAAGCCUAAAACAAGAGGAUGAAAAUAUCCAGAAAGUCAAGGCAGAAGGAAGUAUGUUCAAAUGAAUCUUGUUUUCCCCUUUCAACGGUUUAUCCUUUUCUUUACUUUGUUUUCAAGCACUCUCCGUGUCAUCAACAUCGAGGUUUUUAUGGGUGAGUUC